UAUAGGUUUGUGUAAGUCCACUCUGUGAUGUUCACACAACAAUGAAACCAACUAGCAAGAUAUUUCUCGCAUGUUUCCAUUAAGUGACACACACAUGCAUACGCACACAUGCACACUCACAAACACAUAUGCAGAGACAGACAGAGAGAGGUUGCUUGACUGACGUUAAGGCACUGGCUCACGUGGCUGAGGAGGCCGGCAAGUCUGGAAACAGGCUAAGACUGUGCUGCAGCCAUGAGUGUGAGUUUCUGCAGAGCAGCAGGCUGGAACCUCAGCCAGUGUUUCACUGUUUCAGUCUUGAGAAUUUCUUCCUCCUGGGAAAAUCUCAGUGUUUGCUCCAAAGGCCUGCAGCGGAUUGGAUGACACAUUAUGUAGGGUAAUCUGCUUUACUCAGAGUCCACCGGUUUAAAUGGUAAUAUCAUUUAAAAAAUACCUUUACAGCACCAUCUGGACUGGUGUUUGACCAAACAACUGGGCCUCAUGGCGCAGCCUAGCUGUCUCAUAGAGUUAACCAUCACAGUGAAAAAGCAGUGGCUGUGAUACCACGUGAGGGAGAAACUUUUGUUCCAAGGAUUUGGUCCUUUAUGUCAAUCCUGUGUUUCUUUUUUUUUUUUUUUUUUUUUUUUUUUUUUUUUUUUUUUUGAGAUAGAGUCUCACUCUGUCACCCAGGGCUGGAGUUGCAGUGAGCUGAGAUAGUGCCACUGCAUUCCAGCCUGGGUAACAGAGAUAGACCCUGUCUCAAAAUAAAUAAAUAGUCAUAGCAAUUUUAAUUUUCAAUCUAUUUUUUUAUAAAAUAGAUUAUAAUAUUUAAAUCGUGCUAUAAAAACACAAUGAAUAGCUUAGUGUAUUAAGUCACAUAUAUUAAUAGUAUGUUUUACAGACUGAGGAAUUUUUAUUAUAUUUUAUUUAAACUCUGUUUUUAUUUUUGUUAUUUUUAAUCCAAAGUACCAAGAUACGAAUAUGCAGGGAGUUGUAUAUGAACUAAACAGCUAUAUAGAACAACGGUUGGACACAGGAGGAGACAACCAGCUACUCCUCUAUGAACUGAGCAGCAUCAUCAAAAUAGCCACAAAAGCUGAUGGAUUUGCAUUGUAUUUCCUUGGAGAGUGCAAUAAUAGCCUGUGCAUAUUCACACCACCUGGGAUAAAGGAAGGAAAACCCCGCCUCAUCCCUGCUGGGCCCAUUACUCAGGGCACCACCAUCUCUGCUUAUGUGGCCAAGUCCAGGAAAACAUUGCUAGUAGAAGACAUCCUUGGAGAUGAACGAUUUCCAAAAGGUACUGGACUGGAAUCAGGGACUCGUAUCCAGUCUGUUCUUUGCUUACCGAUUGUCACUGCAAUUGGUGACUUGAUUGGUAUUCUUGAGCUGUAUCGGCACUGGGGCAAAGAAGCCUUCUGUCUUAGUCACCAGGAGGUUGCAACAGCAAAUCUUGCCUGGGCUUCAGUAGCAAUACAUCAGGUGCAGGUAUGCAGAGGCCUUGCCAAACAGACUGAAUUGAAUGACUUUCUACUCGACGUAUCAAAAACAUAUUUUGAUAACAUAGUUGCAAUAGAUUCUCUACUUGAACACAUAAUGAUAUAUGCAAAAAACCUGGUGAAUGCCGACCGUUGUGCACUUUUCCAGGUAGACCAUAAGAACAAGGAGUUAUAUUCAGACCUUUUUGAUAUCGGAGAGGAAAAGGAAGGAAAACCUGUCUUCAAGAAGACCAAAGAGAUAAGAUUUUCAAUUGAGAAAGGAAUUGCUGGCCAAGUAGCAAGAACAGGGGAAGUCCUGAACAUUCCAGAUGCCUAUGCAGACCCACGCUUUAACAGAGAAGUAGACUUGUACACAGGCUACACCACACGGAACAUCCUGUGCAUGCCCAUCGUCAGCCGAGGCAGCGUGAUAGGUGUGGUGCAGAUGGUCAACAAAAUCAGUGGCAGUGCCUUCUCUAAAACCGAUGAAAAUAACUUCAAAAUGUUUGCCGUCUUUUGUGCUUUAGCCUUACACUGUGCUAAUAUGUAUCAUAGAAUUCGCCACUCAGAGUGCAUUUACCGGGUAACGAUGGAAAAGCUGUCCUACCAUAGCAUUUGUACUGCAGAAGAGUGGCAAGACCUCAUGCGAUUCACCCUUCCUGUGCGUCUCUGCAAAGAAAUUGAAUUAUUCCACUUUGACAUUGGUCCUUUUGAAAACAUGUGGCCUGGAAUUUUUGUCUACAUGGUUCAUCGGUCCUGUGGGACAUCCUGCUUUGAGCUCGAAAAGUUGUGUCGUUUUAUUAUGUCUGUGAAGAAGAAUUAUCGGCGGGUUCCUUAUCACAACUGGAAGCAUGCGGUCACUGUAGCCCACUGCAUGUACGCCAUACUUCAGAACAAUCACGCGCUUUUCACAGACCUUGAGCGCAAAGGACUGCUGAUUGCGUGUCUGUGUCAUGACCUAGACCACAGGGGCUUUAGUAACACCUACCUGCAGAAGUUCGACCACCCUCUAGCAGCUCUCUACUCCACUUCCACCAUGGAACAGCACCACUUCUCCCAGACCGUGUCCAUCCUCCAGUUGGAAGGGCACAAUAUCUUCUCCACUCUGAGCUCCAGUGAAUACGAGCAGGUGCUUGAGAUCAUCCGCAAAGCCAUCAUUGCCACAGACCUUGCUUUAUACUUUGGAAACAGGAAACAGUUGGAAGAGAUGUACCAGACCGGAUCGCUAAACCUUAAUAAUCAAUCACAUAGAGACCGUGUAAUUGGUUUGAUGAUGACGGCCUGUGACCUUUGUUCUGUGACAAAACUGUGGCCCGUUACAAAAUUGACGGCAAAUGAUAUAUAUGCAGAAUUCUGGGCUGAGGGUGAUGAAAUGAAGAAAUUGGGAAUACAGCCUAUUCCUAUGAUGGACAGAGACAAGAAGGAUGAAGUCCCCCAAGGCCAGCUUGGGUUCUACAAUGCUGUAGCCAUUCCCUGCUACACAACCCUUACCCAGAUCCUCCCUCCCACGGAGCCUCUCCUUAAAGCAUGCAGGGAUAAUCUCAAUCAGUGGGAGAAGGUGAUUCGAGGAGAGGAGACUGCAACCUGGAUUUCAUCCCCAUCCGUGGCUCAGAAGGCAGCUGCAUCUGAAGACUGAGCACUGGUCACCCCGACACGCUGUCCCACCUACAGAUCCUCAUCUUGCUUCUUUGACAUUUUUUUCCUUUUUUGGGGGGUGGGGGCGAGGGGAAUCUAUACCUGGUAACUGGGGUACAAACUUCUUCAGGAAGGUAACAUCAAGUAAGUAAGUCAAGCAGAGGACUUCCUGCCAGUCUCUUCUGUGAGGCAUCGUAGACACUGAGUAACCAGGACCACCCCCGUGUUCAGAAAUCAGCUGGCCAAGUGACUCCAUUUGACUUGCAAACCAGCCUUUUCUAAUAGGCUAAUAUUGCUGAGGCCUUAAAGGAAGUGGACAAAAAUUCUUCAGAAGGGGUACUUUUCCAUUGUAUCUUUCUAAUAAGGGUUUAACAUGGUACUAUUAUGGUAUUGUACUUGGGCUUUAACAUCAAUGUUGCUUUGAUGUUGUUGGUUAUAAAUAGGAAUUUUUACACAUUACUAUUGUGAAUGGUGAAUGUUCAUGUACGACCUACUUGUAAUUAACUUGAGUUGUAGUCCACAGCCUCAGGACAAAUGUCAUUGAGGUUACAGAGUAAGAAAUGAUGGCAAAAAGUCAGACUCUUAUUUCAGAGCUUCAUGAAUUUAGUUAGGCUAAACAUAAUUCUUUAAGUUAAAACUAAAGGGCUGAGAUGAAUACAUUUAACCCUGAAACAAGUAGACUUCCUGUCCUUUUGAGAAGAGAUGAGGUAUACCUUUCAAUAAAUCUCAGAACUUCAAGUAGCAAUUCAAAAGAUGUCAGUUUUUGAAAUUGUUUUUGUUGUUGUCUUGGCAGUUUUACUGGACCCUUUGCGUAAAGAACAAAAUAAAAGCAAAGGCAUCAGGAUUUUUUGAAUGGACAAGUCUUAUGGACAUAAAGGGUGCAUUUUUCAUAAUGAUUCCUUUAUAGUGUCACUUUGUGUCACUGCAGAAUUUUAGACUCUCAUUCACAAUGAAAGAUUUAUUCUAAACAUUGUUUAAUUAAAGUACCAUACAUUUCUCUUUUAAACAUCAAACCAUAAAAUGUGUCCUUUGUAAUUUUACUCUGACCUGCUGCAGUCACCUCUCAUUUAUCUCUUUCCACAUGCUGCACGGUCAUAUUUCAUGAGCUUUCUGUCCAUAGCACAGAAACAGAAGCAGAAAGUAGUACCAUGAUGUUGGACCUUCUUUCUGUUCUCUUUACUCAUCUCACAGAUCAAAUCACUCCAUAGAAGCCUGUGGGUUUCAAUGGUUUCUUCUAUACAGCUUUUUGGUUGACUAGUAUUACUAUACAAUGUAAGUGUUUUCAAAAAUACAAAAGUAAUCCUCUGCACCUCUUCCUACAAAGAUUGUAAAGCAGUCACUUCUGGUGCAUAUUAAUACUUUAAAGAUUUUCAGCACAAUGGCACAGUAAUCUCCAAACCUGAAUUAGACAGAGACUCACUCAGGAAGUGACAGGCCAAUCAUAACAACAUAUUCACUUUUCAUGUGGCAGGAAACUGGAAUAUCAAUUUUAAUAAAAUGGAAAAAUAUGCUUCUACAUAUUUACUACCAUAGGCAUUUUGUUCAUAUGAGCCUGGUUUGUGCAAAAUUAAAUCAGAGGCUUCUACAACAUGGUUUAUGUUGUGGCAGAGUUGGCUCUACAUAAGCACUGUUCUUAUUUUAAAAUUAACACUAUGUGUUCAGUUUUCUUGUGGGCUUCUGAAAGUUGCCAUCUUCCCUACGUGGAGCUCCAUUUGCUAUUUUCAUUAUACACUAUGAGGUAAAAUGUAAUAACGAAAGAGAUAGAAAUACCACUGUGGCUAGAUAUAUACACACACACAUAUAUAUAUGGAUGGAUGUAAUAUAUGUAGAACACACACAUAGAUGUAUAUAGGAUGCACACUCAUGUAUGUAAACAUACAUAUACAUAUGUGUAUAUAUGAUACAUACACAUACACACACGCACGAGAGACAGAAGGAAAGAGGAAGAGAGAAGCAAACAUGUAGGAAAAAAUAUAAAUCAACCCCAUUCUCCCAUUCUUUAAGAACAAUGAUUUUUCUUAACGGAAAAUGCAUAUUACUUGACAGUUGACCAGAAAGUGUCAUUUUUGUGUUAGUGUAUUCAUAUAACUGCAUUUGAACAAGAUACAUAUUUUUCUGCAUACAAAUUUAUGAAGCUGGAUUCUACCAAAUACAACUUUAGUCACAAAAGUUAAUUUAAUUAUCUAAUUUAACUUGGAGACUGAAUUUCAGGAAGGGAUAUAUUAUUUAAGAUUAUUGUUUAAUUAUAAGAAUUUUUUUUAAAUGUAUGAAUUCUGUUUUUUAAUAUAGAAAAUAAUUAUGGCGGUAGGAAUCUCAUGGCUACAUUUACAUUUUUAGGUUAUUACAGAAAAUUCUCUUAAUUUAUUAUGGUCAAGUGUAUUAUGUAAUCUCUAUUUAGAACAGUUUCCCAAAGGAACUGUGAUUGGAUUUACUGGUUGGUUAAUUUCUUGUGAAAUAUUGUCAUCAUAGAAGCACAGCACGAACAAAAGACUGUAUUCUGAUAUAAACUGUCAAUACUGCUUGUGUCAGAUUUACUUAGUAAUCACAGAUUUACCUGAAAUAAAAGGACUCGGGAUGCAGUGAUAUUUAGUUAAUAAUUUGUUUUGGGAAACACGCAGUUAGGAGUAUUUUUGUAUUUUGUCAGAUGUUUUAGGAGACAGACUUUUGGGUUCUGUUUCUUGUCUUUUUCCCAGACCUUUUCUUAAAAGAACAAUGUGACACCAGAAGCCAAGAGAUGGAUUUUACUAACAACAGCUUUGAUGAGUUCCUAUUAAGGUCAUAUUGUGUAUUGUGCCAAAUUUUCCAUCCAGUAUAAAUUUAGUAACCAGCUAUGAGCAUAUGUAGGAUAUUCAAUUUGCAGACACUUAUAUUGGUUAUGUUGGUUUAUAAUAGACAAGUUUUAUGGUCAUAUGCAAUUAUUCCAUUAUCUUUUUGGACACAGUGAAUGUGUUUUUUAGCUAAAAGUGUCCUUGGCAACAUAAAUGCCUGCCAAUACCAUGAAAUAUUGAAUUCAGGCAAUGUGAAUUAAUUAAUUAGAAAAGGGUCAAAGGAAAUACAAUGGAUGUGGAAACGAAUUCUAAAAAAUUGCCCUAUUAAUAGGGCAGAGACUCUGGUCCAUUUCCCAGCUGUACUUCUCUCUAAGAGGUGUAUGAAAAACCCAUCUUGCAAAAAAGACCAAAAUAUUAGACACAAUCGUUCCCAUUCCUGACUCUUCAAUGGAAAAGGAAGGUACAGAUGUUUCUAGUGGUGCCCCAGGUGACUCGUUCUCACCACAACAAAAACAACUAAUUGGAAACUACAUUUGUUCAAUAUAGGUUUCCUCUUUCUUGGCAUGCUUUUUAGAUUUUUUUCAUUUUGUAAAAUCUCAGUUAAUUUUUCUUUAUUGGUAUGUUUGUGUGUACGAGACAUGUUUGUACAGGAUAUAAAUAGAUGCAUAAAUCCUUAGAUACCUGGGUUUUUUAAUAGGUUUAGGUUUGGGUAUUGUGUUUCUUGUCUUUUAACUCAAAAUUAAGGUUUGAGCUUUAAUAGGACUAAAUUAUUCACCUGCCUUGGCCUGUGCCUUUAUUUUAAAUACUGCAACUUUACUUCUUCAUUCAUGUAUUUAUUAUUUUGCUUUUCUUGCUUAACUAUAAUUGAAAAUAUUUACAGGAACUCACAGUUCAUUUUAUCAAGUUGAAUGAAUAGGAUCAUCCUCUCCUCAUCAGAUUUCUGUCCUUUAUUUGACUUCAUUGACAUAUACCCUGGUGACUAUAACCAGCGAACUGUUCAGAUUCAGUCUUUUCGGCAAGAACUUCAGAGAACUGUGACAUUGGUUAUGAUAUGAUUUUUUGGGGUUUCAGGUACCUAAGCAUGAUUUUUAAAAUCACUUCUGUCUUUACAUAUUUCAAACAUAUGUUUGCUUUUGACACUUUGCAGAUUUUAUUUAGGAUUUAAUUCUUUAAAGACUCUAUUCAUUUAGUCACUAUAGUGAUCUCUUCUAUUGCAAGUAUUGAGCUGAUUUUUAAAUGAUGUAAAAUGUAGAUCAGCCAAGUAUGUCAUCCGUUACAGUUUCCCCAUGCUUUCAGCGCAUGGCCGUGAGAUCUUGACAUGUGCAUAAGUAUUUAGCCAAUACACAUUUUGCUGGCUUCUUUAACCAUUUAUAUUGUUUAAAUUAGUAAUAUCCAACGCAGUGCACACUUUUUUGUCUUUUUUCCAACGGAAUAUUUUGGUUGUCUGAAGCAUUGGAUGCAUUUUAUAUGAUAAAAAUAACAAGAAAAAUUUAAAACGUGUCAGCGGUGUGCUGGUUCUAAAUUAAGAAGAUAGAACAAAGAGAAAGACAUUAAUGUUACCCAAGAAAUACAUUUAACAUCCAAAGAAGCAAUGCUGUCCUCACUUGAUGUUUCUCUUCUCAACCCAGCAAUGGAGAGCAGGGCUUGCGAAGCCAUACAGAGCCCACCUGCCCUUUCCUGCAAGUGGGAGAAAACUAAUCAGUGGCACGCAGAGCCAGGUGUGGCCCUGUGAGGCAAAGGAUAAUGCCACCUCAGGACCAAGGUGGAAACUUACAGCUGAAUCCAGGGCUUACUAAGUAGGGAAGUCAGUUUACACAAUUCCCUUUUCCUCUGAUGUCUUUGAGGUACUGUGUAUUUGCAGAAGUUUAAGUAGAAGGGUUUUGUUUCGAUUGUAAGUUAAGCUCUAAAAGUGUAUUAUCUAAUACUCUAGCCCAACUGAAAUAUUAUAUCAUGGGCGUUACAGCCUUUGUCUUUUUCUUUAUUCACCUUAAUACCCAGUCCUAUGCUGUAUCUCCAAUAGCCUAUAUAAAUGAUAUAUAGGAAUAUUAUUUUCCAUAUGAGCUGUCGUAUGGUGUAUAUGCUAUGUGUUCAUUUCGUGUGCAAGUUGAGAGUGUAAUAGAUUUACCCAGAGAAGGUGUUUCUGUACAAUGCCCCUACCUAUUUGAAAUUACAUGCUUGCCCAACACACUGUGAAAUAGUUACCAACAUUUGUACAAAUGCAGCAUCUUCAUUCUUCCUGAGAAGACAAGAUGGCUUUCUUUACAUGAACAUAUGAACAAAAGAGAUCCUAGACCCAUAUGUAGCUAAGGCAUCUGAGAGUUUGCUGUUGAUAAUCUUGCUGACCAAAAACUACUGGAGAGUAAUACAGGUUAUAUGCUGUCAAAAUUACAAUGCUCAUAAAGAACUGACUUGUAGAGUCAAUGAACCUGUGUCCAGAAUUUUAAUAGGCUCUCUAUUGGAAGGAGAAAGAAUUUCAAGUUAACGGUAUCUAACUUUAUCAUAGUUGAUAAGUUAGUAAAUUUUAAAAAAUGAUUUUAUAUGUAUGACAAAAAUCUUUGUAAAAUGCGCAAGUGCAAUAAUUUAAAGAGGUCUUAACUUUGCAUUUAUAAAUUAUAAAUAUUGUACAUGUGUGUAAUUUUUUCAUGUAUUCAUUUGCAGUCUUUGUAUUUAAAAAACACUGUUAUGUUUGUAUAAUAGAACGGUAAUCAUUUAUUAUAAUCUAGGCAAGUUGUAAAUAAAUUCAUAAUUCAAACAGCCAGUA